AGGAAGGAGUUUCUUUCCCGAUGGACAAUUUCCUGAGUAGCCUACUCGGCUUCGCUUCUUUGUCACCUUUUACGCAGACGAUGGAGUGAGGACGGGGCAGCGGGAGCACAAAUUUGGGAAUUUUUUGUGGAGAGCCGAGCAACUCUUACCAGGAGUGCUUUUCCAUUCCGAUUCCUCCGCGACGUGAACGCAUCACCGCAGUCAUGAUUCAGAGGAACGAAGUGGUGCUGUCUAUCCUGAGAGAGCUCCAGGAGGCCACGGAGUGCUCAGGCCUCGACCCUCUCAUUCUGAAAGCCCUGGAGGUGGGCCGGCUCCUGGCUCCCUUCCCACUGCCCCGCAAGCCCUGUCAGAACUUCCCCGAGUGGGCCGGGGUGGAUGACGUCGCCCAGCGCUUGUACCCCCGGGACGCUCCUGCGGACCUCCUGCCGCUGCGCUGCAAAGGAAAGGGCAACCUGCUGUUCGACGCAGCAAGCAUGCUCCUAGUGGGCAAUAGUGGGCUGAGUUUGGAGCUACAGGUAAGGACGGUUGUAGAAAUGGUCCUGUGGAAGAGAUACUAUCUUUCCGGGAUGAUUGACUCCAAGAUGAUGCUCCAGGCAGUCCGCUUCAGCCUCUGUGCUGAGGAGUCCGAGGCCAUGCUCAGCCUGUCAGCAAGCGUCCUGGAAGCUAUAUUCGACGCAGACGUCAAGGCUUCAUGUUUCCCUGACUCCUAUGCCAACAUGUGGCACGUGUAUGCGCUGGCGUCCGUCCUUCAGGUCAACAUCUACUCAGUCUACCCCAUGUUCAACCACAAGAUUCGAUCCUACUUCAACCGACUUAUCCGGCCCAGGACUUGGCCCAAAGAGCACGAGCCUCGAACCUUCCACAUAAUGUGGUCUGGCGAGCUGCAAUCUCAGACUUUGUUCCGACCCGAUCACUUCGUGGCACUGGUCCAUAUGAGCGACUUUGCUUCGAGUAGUCGUAAGAGUGAGGAGCUCCUCAACCGAGACUCUAAGUUCUCUUAUCUGAGUCUGAAGGACAAGUACAACAUCACAAAGACGACCUUCUACCGCUGGAAGAGGCAGUCUCAGGAGCAUUGUAAGAAGUCCACUGCCCGCUACGAGGCUAAGUACUUCCUGCAGGCGUGUUACCUGGGAGGGAAGCUAAUCCCGUUGCACCAGUUUAAAGAGUUCUUCCCAGAAAUCUCUAGGUCGUCCUACUACAACUGGAAGCAGGAGCUCCUCAAGUCAGGCGGAGCUUUCUCCACAUCAUCUUCCACCGGAGAGAUAAGUCCUGGUGAGAGCACAGAGCAGGAAGCCUGGUCCUCACCUGAGGCGAGACCGGACGAGUCGGAUCAACAAGACAGUGUGGCCAGCAUGUUCGGCCUCAAUAUGGGGCAGCUGGAUCUGGAGCGGACCCAGAGUGUGGCCCACAUGCAGCAAGCUAAACGCUGCCUACAGAACUGCAUAGCCACCAACGCCUCAUUUCCAUUCAGGCUCUUCAAGCGCAACUUCCCUGGCAUUUCCAGGUCCACUUAUUACAACUGGAGGAGAGAGGCCUUGUUGUUCAACAGCAGCUACAAAGCCAGCAGCUCAGACAGCUCAGAUGCUGACAAAAGCCAAAGUCCUAAAAGCAUCUCGCCAGUGUUGCAGACCCACGGUGAAGCUGCUCCACGGAUGAGGAUUUGCAGGCGAAGGCACAGAAGUUUCCGCUUGGCGUAUGUGAGUAAGAAGCAACUCCGAGAUGUCGCUAAGCUGCUGGUCCGCAGGUCCAAAUUAUCACUUAGCAAGUUUAGGCUCAGGUUUCCGACUUUGUCCCUCUGCUUCUUCUGGCUGUGGAGCAGCAAGAAAAAGAGGAUAGUGAGAGAACUCACCGACCCAAAAGCUGGGCAAACCCCAAUGGCAAGUGUCAACAUUGCAGAUAACCCGAACAGGCUCCCGUUUGUAGAGGUCCCCUCGCACGUCGGUGGCUCCAGUGCAGCUUCCCUGGGCACCCCACAUCCCAAACACGACCUGGCGGGCUUCCCGCCCUCUAUGGACGUGGUAGCCCUGGCCAACUUCAAAGCCAAGGCCAAGUUGUUUCUGCAGCAGCGCUUUGAGGAGAAGUCUUUUCCCACGUUCAAGGAAUUCCGCUCCUAUUUCCCCUUCACUCCUCGCUCCACUUACUACAUGUGGAAGCGGGCUCUGCACCACGGAGUGUCGCUAGUUCACGGCUGAAGCUUCGCCCGUCUUCUGAGUUCGAAAAUUUGCACAUGUGUGACACUCCUGCAAACAAAAGGCAGUUGAAAGCUUGGGCUCCCUGCUAAGCAUCAUUCUGGGCAACCUUUACCAUUAAUAAUUGUAUACUUUCUCCAUACUAUUUGUUGGAACCAUGGUUCUUAUAUCACUUUUUUUUUUUUUUUUUUUUUUUAAUUGAGUCAUUUUUUAAAAUGCUGUUUUGUUCAUCGAACUUGCACCAAAUACCAACACACUGUGAAUGUACCAUCUUAACCAAAUGCACCUUUGUGGUUAUUCUGAAGACGCUUGAAUGUAUAUGAAUAUAUUUUUCUACAAUGGUGACUUAUUACAAGACUACCUAUUUCCCUUUGACUUUCCUGUGCUGCUUAGUUUGUAGAUCCACUGUUAAACUUGUGCUCAUUUAGCGGAACAAUAAAAUGUGACAUCGUUUUGUAUUUGUUUCAAGGCAAACUGGGCUAUAAGCGUUUGAAAAUCAAUUUGCAUCAACAUCUAGUGGACCACUUUUUAAUUCUAAAGUGGACCCAAAUGUAUUUAGAAGAGGACCUCUCUGCCUAUAUAUGUGCAAACUAUUUUUGAGUGGGUCAGGGGUUUUGUGUGUUUCACCUCUUGUGUGCAGCUUAUUGUGCUGAUGCUAAUGAAGGUAAUGGUCAAGGGUGGAGAGAAGGGGGGUCUUAAUUGUAUGCGAGAGGAUCAAGGUGGUGGAGAUAAGACUCAAAAGGUUUUUUGUGAAGGGGGUUCAAGUAGUGUAGAGAACUGGUGGGGGUUGUCUCUGAAACUUUGAUCAAGUGAUACCACCACUCACUUGUAAAAUGUCAAAGUGAAUUGUUUUAUACAGGAUGCAAAUUUUGACUUCCCCUGUCUGAUCACAUUUACUCCAGGGUCAUGAUGCCAUUAAUAUAAUAAACACACUGUUCAGUUUAUAUUCAAUCAGAAUGAUCUUGGCUGACUGAUAACCAUGCGGAAACAGAUUUGACCUGAUUCUUAUAAUAUUCACUGUUCGUAAAUUGAAAUUAUUUUUAUUUUAGAGUCUGCAACAUGUUAAAAAUGAAAGUGCAUGUUAAUAUUACUGAAA